GAAAUGAUGUAUUUGUAAAUAGGGCUAAAAAUGAAAAAAAAACUGCGGGUGGACCAGCAGGCUCCCGAGUUCCGACGCGUCUCCGGCGGCCACCCCCAUCUCCCUCUCUCCGCUCGCCGCGCCUCCAUCGGUCCACUCAGGUUAUUCUCCUCGCUCGCUCCCUCUUCAGCUUCAGCGCAAGGAAACCGACCGGUCUCGGUGCACCCCACGGGCUCUGGAACAGGCCCAGUCGAGGGGGGAAGUGCUCAGUAUUGAUGUAGGAUUGAAGCAAUCCAAGGAAGAUUGCCAGAGAUUUGCUGCUUUAUUAAUGCCUUUUGUAUCGAGCAUGUACUAAAUUGGUCAUGGAGAAAUAUCAACAAGUAUGCCGACAUUAGCUCUUGAAAGAUCCCAACUUACCAACAUUGGUCAGGGUAAAUUUGUCAAGUUAUCAAUUGAUGUGUGCUUGGUUAUUGAUUUCCAUUAGAUUGCAGCAUAGCUUGCUCUUCAUCUGAAAGUUUUCGAGGGUAAGUGUUUAUCAUGCACCAUGGUUGUUGGUAAUGACAUAGUUUACAUGGUUGGGUGCUAAAAGGACGAGAAGAGUUUGAAUAAUCGGUCCGAUGAACAUUCUACUUGAGCUUAAGCACCUCAAGCCCUUUAGCAUCCCUGCAAGGCUUGUCAUCUGUAAAGGCCUUCUGAUAGUGAUUGCCCUUAUUUUGUUGAGAGCAAUUGUGUCUCCUUUUCUUGCUAUAGAUUCAUCUGAGAAGAAAGAGUUUUACGAGUCAACAGCCCCUGACUUGCUUCCUAGAAUUAGACGUGACAAGUUUCUUGAGGUCCCACAGAUCAUAUGGGGGUUGAACAAUCAAAAGAUUGCAUUCGCCAGAGCAUGCUUGACUGCAAGAUUCCUGAACAGAUCCCUUCUCAUGCCAAGCUUGAGUGCUUCUCUCUUCUACAAAGAGGUUGACUUGCUUCAGCCUAUCAAUUUUGACAAAGUGUUUGACUUUAACAAGUUCAAUGCGCGUUGCCAUGGCUUCGUAAGGUUAGCUCAGUAUUCAGAAGUUUCAAAUCGAACCGAGCCUUUCAAACUCCAAAAGGGGACUGGUAGAAGGUGGACGGCAGACAGAGAUUUGGAUCAACUGCAGCAAUCCAUAGGGAGCAAUGCGGAUGACUCUGAAGUCAUUGAAAUUGUUGGGAAAAAUCCAUUUCUGUGGCCUGACCACUGGCCAGUCAAAGACUAUGCCAAAAUCUUUGAUUGCCUUGUCUUAGUUCCUGAGAUAGAAACCGAAGUGGUUAAUGUGAUAUCCAAGAUUAGAGAGGCAGGCCAAAGAGCAAGACAUGAAGCUGGGAGUUCUCAUAGUAAGCAGAGGAGAGAUAGCUCAACGAAUCCGCCUGUACCGUAUGUUGCUGUUCACAUGAGGAUAGAAAAAGAUUGGAUGAUACAUUGCAAGAAGUGGGAGCAACGGUCCAAGUCGCAUGAAAUCUGCAGUAGUAAAGAAGAGAUCAUUCAUAAGGUCUCACAGAUCACUGAUCUACAUCGGCCGGUUGUUGUUUAUCUUGCGGUAGCUGACAGCCUUCUUGAAGAUGAUUCAAUAACCAGUGGGUGGAGAGUGGGUAUGGUUGCUUACGAGAAGAAGAAGCUUGGUGUUACUGACGUCUACGAUCGGCAGCCAUAUCUUAUAAAGUCUGCCAUCGACUUUGAGGUGUGCUCAAGAGCAGAUGUGUUUGUUGGCAAUAGCUUCUCAACAUUCUCCAACCUCGUAGUGCUGUCCAGAACAGAAAGGCUGUAUAACCUAGGAAAGGCGAGCUCAUGUGGCGAGAACAUCGGGCUUUCAUCGUAUGCAUACAAUGUCAUGGGCGGCGAUGGUGGACCGCAGAGAUGGAUGACGGAUAUGUCGGAUGGAAGCCUGCAGAGGUUAAGUUACGGAACAAAUAACGUCUCAUGCCACUGACUUUGACGCAUAGCACUUGCCUGAACAUGAUGUAUACGUGAGGAAGUCCCUGUCCGAUUUCAUUUAGGGCUUGUUCGUUUGUGUCGGAUUGCACCCGGAAUCGUUCCAACUAAUCAAAGUUUAUAUAAAUUAGAGAAACAAUCCGGUUAGGAAUCGUUCCGACCCAUCAAUCCGACAGAAACGAACAAGGCCUUAUCGACAAAGGAAACAAGUACGUGCAGCUAAUUUGCUGUGCCUCUGUGUUUGAAGCACUUGUGAAAGACUAUGGCCAGGAGUUGUCUGUUGAUAGUUGUGCUUAAAAGCCUUGACAGUGUUGGGCAGUUUGUAGUUUGUAUAAAGCUGAAUGCUGUGCGAUGGCUUUUACCUGGGACCCCUUUGUUUUUAUCGUUUCAGAAUCAGACCUUAAACACAUUCAUGUGAAGUGUAUUUGUUCACUUGCAGCGUGUGUGUUUUAAGAUGGUUCUGAGUUUUUUUUUGCCCGCAAUGCAGUAACCUCCUUGCAAAAAGGACCAGAUGCUUGCUAUUUCUCUGAGAUUGAAAGGGAGUGAGAAAUAGGUGCUGGUGGAAAGAUAAUUUGGUGAUUUUGUUUUUUCUUCUUUCAUCAUAUUGUAAUAUAACAUUUUAAUGAGGAUCUCUGAUGAUUAGCCUGUGUAGUGGUGUCUUAUUGAGUCAUCGGGUCCUGAGUUUAAAGCAGUCUUUUCGUAUUUACGGGGUGAAGACAAUGCAGUGAAGACUUGCUUUGGUUUACUGUAACUAAAUUUCUAUUCACCGGUUCAAAUGUAAAUGCAGAAGCCAUCUUACCCUGUUUAA